AUGUUUCCACUCCAUUUUCAUUACGAAGAUGUAUCACGUCAAGAUCCGUUGCUCAAACCGAAUUACGCCAACGUUAUGGAAGUUCCUGGAUCGUGUGAAAUAAGAGUAGUAUCAAAGGCACCCUCUAAUUUCAUAAUCAAAAAUGGAAAAUUGGCUAUGGAGAUUCCGCGCGGUCAGAAAUUCAUACAGACACAAAGGGGUUCGACAGGAAAGUCGUUUCGAUCAAAUCCAUUCUUGGGGUCAAAUAAAGACAAAGGAUAUGUCAGUGACCUAGCACGACAAAGCACUCUCCGAGGGCAUGGAAUGUCUCAUUUUUCGGUCAGAAUCUCGACAGUAAUGUCUCUGUUAGAUUCUCCGGUCGAAAUACGAGAAAACUCCAUUCAAUUCUCGAUGGAAACGGAGUUUUGCGAAUUCUCCCCGGAACUGGAAGAUCAUUUCGAGAUCUUCGAACAUAUUCGAGGGUUCAAUGUGACUAUUGUCACUUCGGCCAACACACAAGAUGAGACUUUACCACCGUGGAGCGGCUUUUUGCAAAAAGAUGAGGGGGAAACUCAGUAA